AUGGCAGAAUUUACAAACAUUACACUAGAGAAAAACAAGAAAACCAUAGCGGAACUGUAUUGCUCAACAGAAUUCACUGCAGAAGUACAUAACGAGGUGACCUUUCUUUCAGCGAUAAAUAUUUUUCUGUCCAUGACUACUUUUGUUGAAAACUCUCUGGUCCUUGUUGCGCUACGCAAGACGCGUUCACUUCACCCGCCGUCCAAAGUACUUUAUCUAAACCUGGCGUUGACUGAUCUCAGUGUUGGCAUCAUUGUCGAGCCUCUGUAUGUUUCUUAUUUGAUGUCUGUUCUGAACAAAAGAUGGGAUAUUUGCUAUUACGCCCUUCUGUCGAGUAUUAUCACUAGCUACGUUAUGUGUUCGGUAUCGUUGCUCACUCUGAUCACGACAAGUAUGGACAGACUUCUAGCUCUGUUGCUAGGGCUUAGGUACAGACAAGUUGUAACUUUGAAAAGAACACGUAUGACUGUAGCCAUUUUGUGGAUUUUGUCCAUCGUUAGUACUUCAUCUUAUUUUUGGGACAUUCGUAUACUGGUGUUGUGGGGUAAGAUAAGUGUACCUCUGUGUCUCGUCGUCUCCGGUAUCUCUUACACAAAAAUUUUCCUCACUCUACGUCGUAACCAUAUUCAAGUACAGGAUAACUCUUUUCAAGGUCAGCCCCAGCAAACAACACUCCUGAACAAAGCCCGAUACAGGAAAGCAGUUUCUAAUGCCCUGUGGAUACAGCUUGUAUUAGCUUUUUGCUAUUUUCCUUAUAGUAUAGCGGACGCUGUAACACCCCAAAGAGGGAUACCUUUAUCGGGUUAUCUUGCUAGGGAAUUCUCAAAGACUCUGGUUUUCUUAAACUCUUUUUUAAAUCCAUUGCUUUAUUUCUGGAAGAUGAGGGAACUUAGGCAAGCUGUUAAAAACACACUUUGUUGCUCAUCAAGUUAGUUCCUUGGGAUUUAUUAGGUUAGUAACAAUAAGUCAAAGAAAUCAGUGAUGCAAACAUCUGUAGAAAAAAAUGCUUCUUAUUUACAAGUUUCUUUUACAAGUUUUAAAGCACGUUUGAGAGUAUUAGAGAUACAGAGGAUGGAAUCAGUACGACACGCAUCUUUUUACAAGUUCCUUUUCCCUGUUAAACUAAAGCGCGUUUGAAUUCAGCUUAAUCGAAAGACGGUUAAACUGUGGCAAAACUAUUUCCAGCCAAAUAGUAAACUAAAAGCUUCACCAAAUACCAAUAUUGUGCUUGCAUUUCUUUUGUUUCUUCAUGUGAUUUUUAUUAUUUGGGGUUCUAAUACCAUAAAAAUCAUCGGCAAGUAAUUCUUCUACGCUCUGUUUUCGACACAUUAGAUUUGAAGCACUCAACGAAUGUUCAACACAAGUGCGAUACAAGCUUAAAAUUUGAGGUGCAAUUGUCCUCUAUCAGCUCUAUGACGAUUUUCAGAAAUACACCUCUCCGACCUAUGUUUUACACUUGCCUGCGAGCUUAAUUUAUUGCCGAAGGUUCAGUGUUCAACUAACUGACGAUACGUUUUGGGAGCACCUGCUUCUUCACUCGACGGCCAUACAGUCUGACGUUAAGUCAUUCUAUUCAACGUGGAAACGAAAAUUGCGACCUACUGAUGAAGAAGCUCAAUUACAAAACGGUUCGUCUAUAAUUUGAACAAAAAUGAGCUAUUUCCUUUUUAAAUGAAUGUUAGUCAUUAUCGUUAAGAACAAUGCUACACAGCCAUAUGCCCUACUUUGUAGUCACCAAUGGUACAUAGUAAUUAAAUAGCUGUCAUAGUUUAUCAUGACAGUCUCUUGCAAAUUUCUAAUAAAACAGGCUCGUGAUAAGUUUGAUUACCAGCCGCUGUUCGGUAAAUGAGCCAGCGCUCCUCCUAAAUGAUGACAUGAGCGGCCACUCACGGGUAGGUACUUCAUAUAUAUUAUAAUCAUAAUGUACCGAGAUAUAUUUCCUCUCUUCCUAAGGACGGUGUGUGUGCGUCUGUAGAUUUAGAUGACGUUACGCAGGGGCGUAGCUAGGGGGGGUCCUGGGGUGCCCGUGACCCCCCCUUGGUAGGCCUUCUUUUGAGCAAACAACCUACAAUGUUCAGGUAGCGAAAACGCCAUGACGAUAUCUUGGCAGUAAAAGCCAUUGUUGAAAAGCCCGCUUUUUAAAAAUUUGUUUUUUUGUAAAGUAUUUUCGUCAACGGCUCCUCCUAAAUGAUGACAUGAGCGGCCACUCACAGGUAGGUACUUCAUAUAUGAUAAUUAUAAUGCACCGAGAUAUAUUUCCUCUCUUCCUAAGGAAUGUGUGUGUGUGUGCGUCUGUAGAUUUAGAUGACAUUACACAGUAAAAAAAGCAUUUUUACAAAUGAGUUAAUGUAACUCAAUUUUGAGUAAAGUGUCUCAUUUUACUCAUUUUUUUGAGUAAAAUUACUCACAAUAUGAGUUAGCUUUUUUUACCCCUCAGAGAGAGUUAUAACAACUCACUAUUCUGAGUAAAAUGACUAUGAUCAAAACAUGCGAGUAAACCCUUUACUCGCUGAGUAAGGUAAAUCCUUUUACCCUUUAUAGUGAGUAAAAUUAACACCUUAUUUCGAGUCACUUGGCUGUGAAGCAGACAACUGAGUAAAAAUACUCACACAAAGUUUACCGAUUCGUCUCAGCGUUGCAAAUUAAGAAAGGCACAAAACCACAAAUAUCGAACAAAUAAAAAGCUACAAUGAUCGCGUACUGACAUAUCUAUAUCUCAAGCGGUUUAGCUGUCAAAAUCCUUAUGCUACGAUCAAGCGGCAACUAUCAAUAUUGAUUCAACACCAAAGCUACAAUCCAAUUAUUAUCUUCUGUGUCGUCGUCUUCAUUAUCUGCUCGUUCAGCAACAUUAUUGACACUGUGUCAGGAUCUUUUCAGGUGUAUUAAAGUCACAUUUCGUAAAACUAAAGCGCCUGUUGUGCAGCACCGUGACCUGGUCACGCUGAUCUCAUACAUACAUGGAUCAUUUGUUUUGCUCAACCAAUCAUUUGUCUCGAUCGCAUAAAUAAGUUAUUGAUGUGAUCACGUGUAACGCUUGAAUCAAUCACUGGUCUUGGAUCAAAUCAUCGUUGGAUAAACGCGCGCGCAAAGUUUAACGAUUUGAAGCUAAUCGUAAAGCGUCGUUUAUACCUUCUUCUCGAUGUUUUCUUGCCUCGAUAUUGAUUUCUUCAAUUGGAAUCGUCUCUUAAGUAUUAGCCGUGGCGGUAGAGACUCGUGUUUACGACGUACAGACAUGGCUCGGCGAUAGUACUGGUGUUGAAGAUUCUUCGAAAUUACAAGGUAAGCACUCGCAGACAAUUAUAGCCUGAGCUUAAAUAAUGAUAAGGCAUUGUCUAUAUUGUCCUCUGCAGCAGGCUUAUCUCCUUGAAGAAGGAGCUACUAAUAGUUUAAGGGGUAAGCAGAAUCAGUGUAAAAGGGAUAUACCUUUUUUGCUUUAUCCUAAAAGUCCUCGGACGUAAAGAACGGACAAAGUACAAAGCAUCGCCAUUUGCAUUAUAAAGCGCGUUUUGGCGGGCAAUUUGUACUUGUUCGGUUUUAGUUUGCUGGUUUCAAAACUCCUGUAUUUUAUGUGCAGUUUUUAUCUUAAUAUAUUAUUGGAAACAAUAUAUUUUCAAUGACAACCUAGCUUUACAUACAUCUUUAUUUUAUACUCAGCUCGUUAGAGUAUAAAAUCAGGGACGGGCACAGGGUGAUUUAUGUGUGUAUCGGAGGAGGGGAGGGAAGGGCCCGGUUUCUAGGUUUGGGCCCAGAUUUUUUUUCCAAACGUACUACUGUGGCAGAUUUUUUCCUUAUUUUUCAAUAUAAGACUCUCAACUCUGUGCAAAAAUAAAUUAUUUGGUUGUUCCAAGUCUGUUUGAAAGAUUUCUUUAAAUUUAGACCAUCAACCUUCAACAAGGAUUAAAAGAUAAAUUGUUUUAAGUAAAGUGAAAAUGACAGCAGUUGGAAAAGAAAAAUAUUUUGAAAUGUGGAGAGUGCUUGGGAAAGAAAAAGGUACCUAGAAAUUACAAGCUGAUUUUCUUGAUGCCAUUAGUCAGGUUUCAAGCACCAAAAAGACAUAUUUUUUAUACUGGAGAAGGAACUUUGGAACCAUCCACUUAUAAAAGAAAAUUUAAUGUUGCAUUGUAUGUAGGAACCUCUUCAUUAAAUAUCUGCUAUUUUGAUGCAUCUGCUCCAGGAAAAAAAGUAUUAUUUUUUCGUUGGAGGAGUAUUAUGCCAUAGUUAGCACAGUGUAGUUGUUAGUAAGCAAAAUGUUGUCUUAUAGUUUUGCCUGAAUUUAUGAUAUCACCAGGAUAAAAGCGAAGUGGAAACCUUUUAAGAUACGAAGAUAAUUAUUAUACCACAAAAGGUUACUUCCCACAGUGAAUGUACUAUGCAUACAGGUGCUCAAUGAGCUACAGGCCCCAUUACAGUAGUCUGCUUAUUGAUAGGAGUUUGCUACACACAUGUACCAACAUGUAAUAACAGGCAAAAUGAUAGCUUACUAGUAAUUAUUAGUACUCUGUAGUGUGCAUUCUGUGAUCAUUUCUCAUGCGGGUUGUUGAAAAAGAAAAGACAAAUUAAGUCAUUUUCAAAACUUGAAGGCCAAGUGUUAAAUUACAUAAUAAGGUAUUUACCAUGGUAAAUAAAAACAGUUACCCUUACUGCCAAUAUUGGUUUUUCAGGAUGAAACUCAGACUGCUGUGUUGCAAUGGUCAUUCAUUUCUGUGAGUAUGAUCAUCUUUAACUAUUACAGUGUAACCUCUCCUUUGCGAUACCUCUAUUCAAGGGACACCUUCAGUCAGGUGACACCAAAUUUGGUCCCAGAAACAUUUUCACAUAAUCUUGGUAGUUGUAACAGGUGUACCUCUAUUGAAGGGACACCUCUAUUCGGGGGAAAGGGAAACUUUACCUGGAUCCCGAAACCCACAUUUGACCUCCAUUCAGGUGAUUCAGGGGGGCAUUCAAAAGGUGACUGUCCACAAAAGCGUUAAUAAAUUCAAGUGCUCACUAGUCACAAUUGCAACAGCUUUCAAAACUUUAACUACCUUACUUAAAUCCAUGCACUGUACUUGUGAGAAUUCAACACACAAGAUUGCAGAGGUAAGUUAAUAAUAAUUUUUUAGACAUAAGUUGCUUGAAACAAUAACUGCAGCAGAUUCCAAGGCAGGAUAAAAGAAAACAUUUUUAUUUGUUGGUUAAUUUUUACACUUGCCUUGGUCCCAAGGGUUUCCCCUGAAUAGAGGUUCCAUUGUAUAAUAUGACAUCUUUAAAUAAUUAUCUUCUGUUUUAGUUUUGUCUUUUUAUAAUAACAGACAAAUGUUUACUCAUAUUUACCUCUUUACCAAUGACCACUUUCUCUAAUUCCAGUGGAAUUGGAUAUUCCAUACAUUCACUCAAGGCCACCUCUCUGUGAUGACAACAGCCACUAAUUUAAGGAGCUUUUCAAAAAAUAUACUUGUAUUAAGCUCCAUGUGAUGGCCAUUUCAAAGAAAAUGACUCACUUUGGGUGUUGAGUAAGAGAGAGCUAACUGUCAUGAUUAUUAAUCAAUUCUGCUGCGAUAUUGCUUAUAACCACAGUAUUACAGUGCUCAGGGCCUUAGUUGUUCAAGAUGUGGAUAACACUAUCUGCUGCCGGAUGUUGCCGCACUUGAUUUCCCUAAUAUUAUCCUGUGGAUGGGGCUAUCCAGCAUUUGAACAACUGGGGCCUGGUGGAUAGAUAGUGCUUAUCCAACAUUUGAAUUACCAGGACCUGGUGGUAAUUAUGUGUCUGUUAAAGGAAUUUUUCAACUUUGAUUGACAAAAAUUUCCUGGGUCCUAUGGAGUAUUCCUUCAAUUGCAAUGUGGCCAGUAAAAGCCAGUUAUGCCUUUGCUGUAGUAAAAAACAGCUUCAAAGUUAGAUUCAGGUUCAUUUUGAUUUAAUGUACUUAACAAUGAUUCUCUUUAAUUUCCUCUGUCUCCUAGCUCUAAUAAAUUAUUAGGGCUAGGAGAAAAAGGAUAUUGAAAAUUAAGCUAGGAUAAAUCAAAACUAACCAGUAUUUAUAACAUACACAAGUACUAUCACAGGGAACCCACACAAUCUCGCAGUGUGUGUACUAAUUGCUAUUUUAUUGUAAAUACACUGGAUUUACCAUUUGCUUCACCUGUAACGAUAAAUCACUAUGUAUAUAAAUCGAAAUGAAUAAAGGUUGAAUUACCUUACCUUUGGUGUAUAUGUAUUGUCGUCCUUUUGCCUCAAAAGCGGUUUUUUGAGCGAUUUUGAAGGAUUUUGAGUUCGCUGUUGACAGCGUUUAUUUAACAUCGAUUUAUAUACAUAGUAAGUGAUUUAUCGCCAUAACUGAAGCAAACGGUAAAUCCACUAUAAAAUAACAAUCGGUUACGCACACUGCGAGAUUGUGUGCGCUCCCUGUAGUACUAUUUACCUUUCAACUUAUUUAUUAAUCUUCCUUUCUUUUGUUCAUAGGCAGAAACAAACACCUUUAAACUAGAGCAUAGCAGAAGAAGAGAGAUUGCCCUUCCUGUCCUGAUUUUAAGGUGGUGCAUCAGGAGUCUGCUGAAGAACCCCAUUUGUACUUCAACUUGCAAAUUUGAGGGAAACAUAUCAUCCAAGUUGAACACAGCUGCACCAAUUGAAUGGACUGUUAACGUAUUAAACCGUGAACUGAAUAGUUUUAAUUUUUAUCUAUGGCAAAGGGUACAUUCAAUGCAACAAUUUCUAGAAUUUCAGUUGAAAUGUUCAUUCAAUACAGAAAUUUUAAGAAAAAGCGUUCUGUCCACCGAGGAUACUGGUCACGACUCUUGGAUGUACCUCUUUUUCAACCAAGAUUUACGAUCACAUUCUUAGACAUUGUUGUGUCCACUAUCACAGCUCAGGGUUGCGUCAAAUUUACCAAAGUGUUUUGGUCACCAUGGCACCAUUAAUGAAAUGUGCAUACUUUUACAAAAGUUUGUUUCUUGUUUAUCCAUUGAACUUAAAUGAUGAGUUACUUGGAUAAACGUUCGUUUGAAAAUAUAAUCUUUUGCAGCCAUGUUAUGACAUUUUCAUUUUGCUUUGGUUAGUUGGGAGCACCCAGUGUGUAAGUCUAAAUAUUGAAUGGGCAUGUAAUUAAUAAAUUGUCAUGCUGUCUACCAAACUCUGCCUGAUAUGGAAAAAUGUCACCACUACCUGUAGAUGUUAAAGCCUGAAUGAGAUAAUAAAAAAUGUAAAGAAACACUGAAAGAUAAUUUGCUUAUUGUUUGGCAUUAACUGCUUACUAUAGUUGCUGUUCUCAAAUCAGUAAGUAUGUACAGUGUGGACUAAGUUAAACCCACGGGUCAUUGCCAGGCUGUGUAUUGCAAAAAACGUUUGAAACUUUUCCAGGCAGGCAUAAGGAUCUGCCAUUGCUGACAGGGUUUUUGUUGCACUCAUUUGAAGUGCAGUUCACUUUUACUCAAAAUAUUGUGUAAAUAUAAUCAUUUUCUUUACUCAAUUAUUUAGGUAUUGUUUUAACUCACUGACAGAGUAAAAUUUGAUUUAACUCAAAAUUUAGAGUAGCCUUUACUCAAUUUAUGAGUAAUUGGCUGUUUUACUCAAAAUAAAGAGUCACCAUGAAUGCAUUUCUCUUGAGUAAUUUUACCUCUACUUUUGAGUUAUUUGUACUCGAUAAAUGAGUAUUUUCAACUCAAACUUGUGAGUAAAGUUACUCAUUCUGAGUAAACUUACUCAUGCUAGUGAGUAAUCUUUACUCAGUAUUUCUGCUUAAGUUUACUCACUAUAAUGGGUCACUAUGGAUGCAACGAUUUACUCAGUAUUUUGAGUUCAGUUUACUCAGCUUUUUUUACUGUGUACGAGAAGAAGACGGUCUUCCUAUGCCUUCAAAAUGUUUGUGAGCCUAACGAUAUUACGAUGA